AUGACCAUUCCCAACGCCCCCCAGUACGUGACCAAAGACACUCCUCUCGAGGAGAUCAUCGCCCUCAUGAAGCGCGACGGCGCCGUCUUCGUCCGAGGCUUCGUCUCCCCCACGGACGUCGACAAAGCAUACGAGGAAGUCCGACCUCGUCUCGACAAAAGCGCCGCAUGGAAGGGCUCAUUCUUCCCCGAGGAGACGCAGAAAGCCCCGAACCUGAUCUCGCUCAGUCCCACGUACACGCGCACGCAGAUGAUGCACCCGCUCUUCCAGCAGCUGUGCGACCACUUCCUCGUCACCCGCAGCUGGAACUGGUGGGGCGACAAGUGGUCCGAGUCCGUGUCGCGCCCGUACCUCACGUCCACCGUCGCGCUGAGGGUCGGGCCCGGCGCGAAGCCCCAGCCGCUGCAUCGCGACGACUACGUCCACCACAAUGUCAUCGCUGAGGCUGCUGAGUUCGACUACCGCUCGCAGAUUGGCAUUAAUGUGCUCGUUGCGGGGUGCAAGGUGACCAAGGAGAACGGGGGCACGCGGUUCAUCCCUGGGAGUCAUCUGUGGGCCAAUGACCGACCGACUCCGCCCAAUGUGGCGGACUGCGUGUACGCCUCGCUGGAAAAGGGCGACGCGCUGAUCUUCUUUGCGUCGCUGUACCACGGCGCCGGACAUAACACGACGGCUGACGAGUAUCGCACCGUCUUCUCGACCUAUGUCACCCGGGGCUAUCUUCGGCAGGAGGAGAACCAGUUCCUGGCUGUUCCCUUGGAGCGCGUGCGUGAGUAUGACCGUGAGACGCAGAAGUUUAUUGGGUAUGCCCUUAGCGACCCGGUGUGCGGCCAUGUCGAGGAGCAGGAUCCUAUCUAUGUUGUGUACCCUGAGGAGUUGGAGACGGGCAAGUCUAUUCACUUUUAG